AUGAAGUGGGGGACUGCGGGCUCGCUGCUUGCGCUCUUCGUAUCAACAACAACAGGCUGGCCCUAUGAAGCAUCGUUGGUUGACUACAACCUCAAUGUGAACAAAACAGCGACCAGCCCGUUCGACUACUCCCCACCAAAAUGGCCGGGUCACAACUAUACGGCCUCGCCAAAGAACUGGCGAUUUCCGUUUUACACGAUCAUGCUGGACCGUUGGGUGAAUGGUGACCCCGCCAACGAUAAUAUCAACGGGACUCUCUUCGAACAUGACCUUAAUUCGAAUCAAAUGCGUCAUGGAGGUGACGCAGUAGGUUUGGUUGACACAUUGGAUUACUUACAAGGCAUGGGAAUCAAGGGCAUUUAUCUCGCAGGUACUGUUCUGAUGAACCAGCCUUGGGGCGCGGAUGGCUACUCAAUCUUGGACACCACCCUUCUCGAUCAGCAUUAUGGUACUAUUCAGACAUGGAGAAACACGAUAGACGAGAUUCACAAACGCGGGAUGUAUGUCAUAUUCGAUAAUACUGUUGCAACCAUGGGAGAUUUGAUCGGCUUCGAAGGUUACCUCAACGUAACAACCCCAUUCUCAGUCAAGGAGUACAAGACCCUCUGGAAAUCAAAUCGUGAAUAUGUCGACUUUCGUCCCGGAAAUAGCUACAAUGAAACCUGUGAUUACCCUCGUUUCUGGAACGAAACUGGCUAUCCAGUGGAUGAAUACGUCAACCAAGAGCUUGUUGGAUGUUACGACAGCGAUUUCGACCAGUAUGGCGACAUUGAAGCCUUCGGUGUCUUUCCGGACUGGCAGCGUGAAUUGACCAAAUUCGCUUCCGUCCAGGAUCGUUUACGCGAGUGGCAUCCCAGUGUCAGGGACAGGAUCAAGCUCCAUUCCUGCAACAUCAUCAAAGCUCUUGAUAUUGACGGCUUUCGCUACGAUAAGGCCACGCAAGCCACCGUGGAUGCUCUGGCAGACAUCUCCAACACUUACCGGGAAUGCGCUCGCAGUGUCGGCAAGGAAAACUUCUUUAUUCCUGGUGAGAUUACUGGUGGAAACAAUUUCGGUUCAGUUUUCCUUGGUCGUGGGAGACAGCCCAACCAGUACCCUGCAUCUGCGAUGGAUGCUAUCAAAAUGACGAACAAGUCUGACCAAAAAUACUUCCUGCGCGAACCGGAACUUGAAGCAAUUGAUGGUGCUGCUUUUCAUUAUUCGGUAUACCGUACCCUUACUCGCUUUUUGGGAAUGAGUGGUAAUCUGGCUGCGGGUUAUGAUACUCCAUUGGAUUGGGUGGACGCUUGGAACGUGAUGAUGCAAACCAACGACUUAAUCAACGCAAACACCGGAAAAUUCGACCCUAGACACAUGUACGGAGUCACGAAUCAGGACGUCUUCCGUUGGCCUGCCAUUGAAUGGGGCGUUGAGCGGAACCUCUUGGGAAUCUUCAUUACAACACUGCAAAUGCCUGGAAUUCCACUUCUACUUUGGGGAGAAGAGCAAGGCUCCUACAUAAUAGACGCCACUGCGGAUAACUACGUCUACGGCCGUCAAGCAAUGUCGCCUGCUACAGCGUGGAAGACCCAUGGAUGCUCUGCCAUCGAUGAUACUCAGUAUUAUGACUGGCCUAUUACCAAAGGUCGGGAUGGCUGCCACGAUAUGAGUGUGACUUAUGAUCAUCGUGAUCCAUCUCACCCCAUCCGCAAUAUCAUCAAGCAUAUGUAUCAGAUGAGACAGAACCAUCCGGUCUUGAAUGAUGGGUAUUCGCUACAGACGCUAUCCAAGCAAACAAGAAAUAUCCUCUAUCCAGGCUCGUAUGGCGUGGAAACCGAGACAGGAAUGUGGUCCAUCUUGAGAGAUCGGAUCUCAGGUGUCCAGGACCUUGGCUCUGACGAAGACAACCAGUCCAUUUGGUUGAUUUACCAAAACGACAACAAAACCGUUGAGUACAUGUUUGAUUGCAAAAGCAAUGCGAGUGCUUUGAUCGCUCCCUUUCCCACAGGAACCACUGUCAAGAACUUGUUCUACCCCUUUGAUGAGCAUACGUUGAAAGACAGCCCAAAGCGACUUCACUUGAACGGCUCCAAGGAGCUCAACGGAUGCCUUGACAGUAUGACGCUUAAGGCUUUCGACUACAGAGCAUAUAUUCCCAAGGCCCGAUUUGUUAGCCCUUUGCCCAUGAUCACCAAAUUCACACCCGGUCAUGAUGUUCCCCUUCUUUCCACCGUUGCGAUUGACGAAGCAGAGGACAUUGAUGUGAGCAUCGAAUUCAGCACAAAGAUGGACUGUGACUCUGUCACGCAGUCUAUCACGCUCACAUCGCAAACCGAAGCUGGGAGAACGCCUUCUAUUGACAAGGGGACUGUCAAUUGCAAGAGCCUCACUGUUUCUAAUGACACGCAAUACAUUGGUCAACUUCCGAGCGCCUGGGCAUGGUCCGCAAAGCUGACAGGAGUGUACAAUGGGAUCCACAAACUGACUGUCAAGAAUGCCACUGAUUCUGAUAAAAAGGACUCCACGGAGUCUGUCGACCACUUUUUAUUUCGCGUCGGUCAAGGGGACAACCCGUUAGUAUUCACCACUUCCAAUUACUCCACCAGUAUUCUGCACCAAUACGAUAAUGGAACACUCUACAUUCAGCACAAAGCAGCUGGAGCCAACAAGUACCGCUACUCAACGAACUGGGGAACCACCUUUUCGGGGUGGCUCAACUACACUGGCGGUAAUGACACUAUUGAGGAGUUGCCUUGGUCCGGGACAGAAAAGCAAAAGUGGAAGGGCAAACAUGUGCGAGUCGAGUACUGGAGCCAACUGACUGGCAGUAGCGACUAUGUACAGGAGGGUGAUUAUGACUGGAAUGGCCCCAAGAGACGUUUCCCACACUUCUUCUUCAAUGGACCUUAUAACCAGUACGGCUUUGAUGCUGGUUUGGAUAAUGUCGUGAAGCAAGACAGUGAAGGAUUCUGGAACUUCAAAGUUGUGGCUGAAUAUCCAGCACAAGGUCAAUUCAACGUUUGGGGUAUGGAUCCAGAUGGACAGCCGGAUGAGUCGUUUGUCUUCGGUGAUGUGGAUGGUGAUGGAGUCUUGGACCGCAUGCCUCCGUCGUCGCUUAGCAAGCUGUCUGUCAACAUCACCAAGAUCCCUCCAUACCCGUACCUUGUCUGGAAUGUUCAUCUUGAUGAUGGAAACAUGCGGCUCAACCUCGAGCCCACCGGAUCUCGAAUCACCCAGCUUGUCGUGUACAUCCUCCUGUGGCUUGUACCGAUUGUGACAGGUGCAGCUUGCGUCUAUGCCUUCAUGAAAUCGUUCUACCAAGUCAAAUUCAACCAGGUCGGAGUAGUCGAAAAGAAGUCACUUCUUUCGGCAAUAUUUGGCAAGCGAAGCCGCGACGGUCAAUCUACGAAUGCCCUAGGACGCUUGGCUAAUAGAUCCGGGUUCCUCCAGAGCACGUCUGCCUUUGGCGCAGGAGGAUCUCGAAGAAGGACAACGCUGAUUGCAACCAUGGAAUAUGACAUCGAAGACUGGGGCAUCAAGAUCAAGAUUGGUGGCUUGGGUGUUAUGGCCCAGCUGAUGGGUAAGCACCUGGGACAGCAAAACCUCAUCUGGGUUGUUCCAUGUGUUGGUGGAGUGGAUUAUCCAGUCGAUCAGCCUGCUGACUCGAUGUACGUCACUGUGUUUGGCAAAGAGUACCCAGUCCAGGUUCAGUAUCACGUCGUGAAGAACAUCACUUAUGUUCUACUCGACGCUCCGGUUUUCCGUCAACAAUCUAAGGCUGAGCCUUACCCUGCUCGAAUGGAUGAUCUGGACAGUGCGAUCUACUACUCUGCAUGGAACCAGUGCAUCGCUGAAGCAAUCAGACGAUUCCAAAUUGAUCUGUAUCACAUCAAUGACUACCAUGGAUCUAUCGCUCCGCUAUACCUCCUGCCGAAGACGAUCCCAGUUUGCCUUUCACUUCACAAUGCCGAGUUUCAGGGACUAUGGCCUAUGCGUACCCAGAAGGAGAGAGAUGAAGUCUGUUCAGUCUUCAAUCUCGAUACUGACAUCGCAAGACGCUAUGUCCAAUUCGGUGAGGUCUUCAAUAUGCUUCACGCCGGAGCAAGCUAUCUCCGUGUCCAUCAACAAGGGUUCGGGGCCGUUGGUGUUUCCAGGAAAUACGGAAAACGCACAUAUGCACGCUAUCCUAUCUUCUGGGGUCUCAAGAAAGUAGGCAACUUGCCUAAUCCUGAUCCCUCUGAUACAGGAGAAUGGAACAAAGAGUUGCCGAAAGAAAGCGAGAUACUGGUUGACCCGCUAUACGAGGCUAGCAGAGCAGAAUUGAAGCGGCAAGCGCAAGCAUGGGCCGGCUUAGAGCAGAAUCCCAAUGCAGAUCUCCUGGUCUUCGUGGGCCGUUGGUCUAUGCAGAAAGGCGUGGACCUUAUCGCUGAUGUGAUGCCUGCUGUUUUGGAAGCACGUCCUAACGUCCAACUGAUCUGUGUCGGUCCAGUCAUUGACCUUUAUGGAAAAUUUGCUGCAUUGAAAUUGGACCGCAUGAUGAAAGUCUAUCCAGGGCGUGUUUUCUCAAGGCCAGAAUUUACAGCUCUUCCACCAUACAUCUUCUCCGGGGCUGAGUUUGCCUUGAUUCCAUCGCGUGACGAGCCGUUCGGGCUCGUUGCUGUUGAAUUUGGCCGAAAGGGUGCCCUAGGUAUUGGUGCACGUGUUGGUGGCCUUGGCCAAAUGCCUGGCUGGUGGUAUAACAUCGAGUCCACAACGACGUCUCACCUCUUGCACCAGUUCAAACUUGCUAUCGGAAGCGCCUUGAACUCCAAGCCUCAAGUUCGGGCAAAAAUGCGGGCGCGAUCAGCCAAGCAGCGAUUCCCAGUCGCUCAGUGGGUUGAGGAUCUGGAGAUCCUUCAGUCCACUGCAAUGAGGAUCCACAGCAAAGGGUUGGUGAAAUCGAACAAUCAGCCUCUAUCAUCAUCUGGAUACAACACCCCUAGUGGACUGACGACCCCGACAAUUGCGUCGGGACAUAUCACCCCAAGUGGGGUACAGACGCCCCCCAUCGCGCACUCUCGAGAAGGAAGCUAUUCGAAUGUCCGCCUAAGCACCUUGGGGCCACAGCAGCGAAACACCAUUGUAUACAGCCGACCUCCGACCCCCGGUGCUAACGAACAGCCUAAGUCGGGGCUAGGCAGACAAUUGUCACUUGGUGUGCGAGCUGGGCCUGGCCACCUAGUACGUCGCGGCCGCCGUCGUUUGAGAAGAAGCAUGGGGCAUGAAGAGAGUGCCAACGCGUCGAACACCGAGGAGAGCAGUGACGAUGACAUCAGACCCAGUAGCUAUUAUGGUGAGGAUGAGUAUACAAUUACUCCCGAGCAGGCAGAAGCAGGUCGUCGGAUGGAGGCAGCGCAGCAGCUAGACACCCAAAGACAACCUCCUGCUAGGGACUUUUUCAGCGUCAGACACUCGAGCCAAAGUUCACUCCCACCCAGACCAGCGCUCUCUCCAGUCUCCCCUGGAAGCCCUGAGCCUGAAGAGGCCCAUGUGACUCCCGGAAAUCGUCUGAGCAGCGCCUCUGUCCUUUCGGUGGACUCAAUCAUCGGUGAGAAGAAAGAUUACAAGUUACAAAAAGUGGACCCCUUCUUUACAGACAGCACCGGCGAAUACUACAGGGCUUUUGAGAAACGACUGGAGAAUUUGAACGGCCACAACUCUGAAUCACAGCUCUGUAUCGAGGAGUAUUUGGUCAAGAGCGAGAAAAAGUGGUUUGGUAAAUUCCGGGAUGCCAGACUUGGCCGCAAUCAGUCCCCUGCUUCUUCGAUCUUCCACGGUAAACUCGACAACAGUUCACCCAUGGGCUCAGAUUCCAAUGUCGAUAUUGGCUCGCGGGAAAGUGGAAGCGAGGGACAUCGAGAGAAAGAUGAGUUCCUUCUGGGUAACGACUACGUUCCACCCACCGGGCUCAGGAAAUGGAUGCAGAUCCGCAUCGGCGAUUGGCCAGUGUAUUCACUUUUCCUGGGCCUGGGCCAGAUCAUAGCGGCCAAUUCAUACCAGAUCACCCUACUGACAGGCGAAGUGGGUGAAACGGCGACCAAGCUCUAUGGAAUAGCGACUGUGUACCUGGUCGCCUCCAUUGUCUGGUGGUUCUUUUUCCGUUUCUUCAAGUCGGUCUUCGUCCUUUCACUUCCUUGGCUCUUAUACGGUCUAUCGUUCGUCAUCAUUGGCGUGGCUCACUUCGAAGGCAAUACUUUCGCUCGCGGUUGGAUUCAAAAUGUGGGUGCAGGCGUUUACGCUGCAGCAUCUGCCAGUGGAUCUUUGUUCUUCGCCCUCAACUUCGGUGACGAGGGCGGGGCUCCUGUCAAACAGUGGGUGUUCCGCGCAUGUCUCAUCCAGGGUAGUCAACAAGCCUACGUUAUUGGGUUAUGGUACUGGGGCACAAGCAUCUCCCAGGCGGUCCAAAAUGGAAACACCAAUGUUCAAGGUUAUAUAACCGAAACGUGGAAGAUGACGGCUAUUUGCCUACCCAUUGCAGCCUUCCUCUGGGUCAUCGGCCUUUUGAUCUUCUUCGGUCUGCCAAGCUACUAUCACCAGUCUCCUGGAAAGGUCCCUUCAUUCUACAAGUCGGUAUUCCGGCGCAAGAUUAUCCUCUGGAACUUUGUGGUCGUCAUUCUACAAAAUUUCUUCCUGAGUGCGCCUUAUGGGCGGAACUGGAGCUUCCUCUGGAACUCGGCACAUGCAAAAGCCUGGGAAGUUGGAAUCCUCUGUAUCGUCUUCUUUGGCUUCGUCUGGGCCGGUUGGCUAGGCUUGUUUGGGUACCUCUCCAAACGCCAUAGUUGGAUUCUCCCUGUUUUCGCCUGUGGCUUGGGUGCCCCCCGAUGGGCUCAAAUAUGGUGGGGUGUGUCAGGCAUAGGGCUCUUCCUCCCUUGGGCAGGUGGCUAUACCUCCGGGGCCCUUGUGUCUCGGAGCUUGUGGCUGUGGCUCGGCGUCCUGGACUCCCUGCAGGGAGUCGGUUUUGGUAUGAUCCUACUCCAAACUCUGACUAGGAUGCACAUUUGCUUCACACUACUUGCAUCACAAGUGCUGGGUUCGAUCGCAACGAUAUGUGCAAGAGCAUUCGGGCCGAAUAAAAUUGGACCUGGACCUGUGUCGCCGGAUAUUUCAGUAGGACUGGACUCCUUGGCGAAUGCUUGGUUCUGGCUUGCCCUCUUCUUCCAAUUACUCAUUUGUGCUGGUUUCCUAAUGUUCUUCCGGAAAGAACAACUCACAAAGCCUUGA